GCGCGGUGAGUCUUUGUAAACGGAAGGUGCUAAGCUAACCGGUGGACGAGGACCUCAAGCUGUAAGCUAGCCUAUAUCUAACGUGUGGUGGUCCUUAUUUAGUCAAAAUGAUCCGUAACCUGAUCGGUAAGAAGUACGUGUCCAUCGCCAAAUCAUGGGUCCCAACUUUGGCUGUAUGGGGCACAGUGGGAGGUGUAGCCCUGGUCCACUUCACAGACUGGCGCGUGAUCUUGGAUUAUGUUCCGUACAUCAGUGGCAAGUUCAAGAGGAACGACUAGUGCCGCUCAGGUCAUGUGGGUUUUCAGAGAGACUCAAGAACAUGAGCCUGCACAGGUUCUUUCUGUGGCGGAGGAAACCUCACCCUGGAACAACCACAUGGCAGACCUCUGGAGGCCAUCAUCAUCCUGCAGCCUGUGAAAUCAUUGAUGGACUUUUCAACAUCUGCAACUUCUCAAAUGCAUCGGGGUUUUGUCACAUUGAUAACGUUGCUCAUCCAAGUGGAAGUGAAUGGCAGGUUUUUGAAGAUAGAGAUGUCACGAUAAAUGGACUUUUCUUUGCUCUUUGUCGUAUCAUUUAUUAUUUUCUGGUCCGAUUUUUAAAUGCAGUCAGUCUCUUGUGCAUUGUCGAUCAAACCAGGAUUUCUAGAAGGAAAUCUGAAAAUAAUAAACUGUUUCAUGACAGUUUGGGUCCCUAAUCUCAUAUCAUAAUUGUUUAAGAGAGAACAUGUGAAUAAAAAAGUUUUAUCCUAUAA